GCUUUAUCUCCCGGACACAUAUAGCUCGUCCAAAAGCAAAGUGAAAGCUUCUGACCCCUCAGCAGAGUGAUACAGGCCUGUGCAGGCCCCUUCAGCCAUUACGCGCGCUUUCAGAGCUUCCGCAAGCGAUGCAAUAAUGGUGCUGUUUGUUGACCGCAGGACCGCAUACGUCCUCGCUUGCCCGCUUGCUAUUUGGUACCAUUUGGUUGUUGGGGUCUGAGGUGGUAAAUGCCACUGUCCGUAAGUCUCUGCCAGUGCCAGCCACUAGCAAUCUAACUUGGCACAAUGGAAGCCCCUGCAAAGCUUCAAAACUGUUACUGGAUUUUACGUCACGGUCUGAGCAAGCCAAAUGAGGCAGGCCUGAUUGUGAGCAGUGUGGACAAUGGUGUGAUGCCAGAGCAUGGGCUUGCGGACGCGGGGAAGGAGCAAGCAAAGCAAGCGGGGAGGACGCUCAGAAAUGCUUUGGUGGCAGAGAAGGUUGAUGUGAGGACCCUGAGCAUCUUUGCAUCACCGUUCAGCCGAACACAAGAGACAGCGGCCAUUGCUGCUGCGGAGCUGGCCCAAGAUGGGGAAGGGCCAGAGAGCCCCUCAAUACAGGAAGCUAUUGAGUUGCGGGAGAGGUACUUUGGCCCAGACUUUGAACUGAGGUCGCAUGAAAAGUAUCCAGAGAUCUGGGCUAUGGAUGCCAAGGACCCCAGCGUGGGGCCCACCGGUGGGGAGAGCGUCUUGGAUGUGGCAGCCAGGCUGCAGGCCCUCGUAAGAAAGGUCGAAUCUCAAACAAGCGGGAGACACGUGCUGUUCGUUAGCCACGGGGAUACUCUGCAGAUUCUCCAGGCUCUCUUGUCAGGAGCUUUCUUGUCGCAAAGCUUGUUAGCUGGUUCUGUUGAAACAGUUGUGUUGAAAGCUCUAUCAACUCAUAGAACAUUUGCGCUUGGCACUGGUGAGCUGCGUAGGUUAGCGAUCGCCCCGAACGAAUCAGAUGCAUAGUUUGACCACAAGGUGUUUCCUACUCUGAUAAACGUGUUCGUCAUCUGGUACCGAAUCCCACAGCUUGAGUGUUAUAAAUUCGGAUC